UAUUACUCGUGUGAGGUUAGUUAUUAUAAACAGGUUAUAAAUUUUAGACAGAUUUUAAUUUGUACAAAAUGCCUACAGUUUGUAGUGUGAAAGGAUGCAAAAGUUCUUGGAAGAAACAUUUACGUAUAACAUUUCAUAGAUUUCCAUCGUCAAAUGAAAAAUAUUUCCAUUAUUGGAUUGCGGCUGCUGGAAGAGAGGAUUUAGUUUCUUUUUUAAAUGCAAGAAUAUGUAGUUUACAUUUUACAAAUAAUGAUUAUUUUAAUCAUACAAAGCAUGUUGGCAAAAAUUUUUUAAAACCUGAUAUAUUCCCAACUCAACAUGUACAUAAAAAUAUUGUCCAAUUGUUAGCUAAAGCAGAUGAAAUUAACGAAAAUAAUAAUAAAGACCUGCCUAUUAUUAAUGAAGAACGAACAACGACAAACAAUCAAAAUGAUAAAGAAAAAGUAGUGACUAAUCAGAAUGAUAUGUUCAUUGAUGAGGAACAAACAACAACAAACAGUCAAAAUAAUAAAGAAGAAAUUAAUCAGAACAAUAUGCUCAUUGAUGAGGAACAAACAACAACAAACAGUCAAAAUAAUAAAGAAGAAAUUAAUCAGAACGAUAUGCUCAUUGAUGAGGAACAAACAGCAACAAACAGUCAAAAUAAUAAAGAAGAAAUUAAUCAAAACGAUAUGCUUAUUGAUAAGGAACAAAGUGUUUCUUCUGUGAUAUCAAAAUAUAUAAAUUGUGAGAAGUUAAAAGUACAAAAUAAAAUGUUACAACACAAUAUAACAGAUUUAGAAAUAUCACAAGAAAAACGAUUAGAACAACAAGCAAACAUGUUUCAUAUAAUUAUUAAUAAAAACAAAGCUGAAUUUAAAAAAAACAUAGAACUUUAAAGGAAAAAAAAUAAAGCUUUAACUAAAAGUGUACAACGUAAAGAGACAAAUAUUAAAACCUAGAGUUUAUUAUGUAAUUAGAGAUGAAUGUUAUACAUAACAUAUAUCCUGUUCAAUAUAUUAUACCUAUAUCCUGUUUUGUGUGCCUACUGUUAAAUAAGU